UCGAGGCAACGGUCUGGUUGUCAGAGUGUUCCCUUAACCUCAGCCCUCAAUUUCCAAUGGUUUGCCUUGACCACAUCAUCCGAUUGCCUUAUGAAUGACGGUCAUAAUAUCCCUGUUAUAUGGCGUCGGAUGAAUUCGACGGCUUCACCUAGCUCGCCAUGUGGUAGAUUAACCCCGCUAGAAACAAGCAGAAACGGGCCCCCACCAAGCGGUCUUAUCUUAUGUAUUUUCCUUAAAUUUGAUACUACAAGCUCUGUCGCCCUUCGUUAUCCCUUUCGUUAUAGCUAGGAGACGAGAUCAUCGAUGUGUUCUGCAACAUGACCGGCUGGGAGACUCUCAUCGCUGACAAGCUCAAGGAUCGCGCAUCCAGAAUCCCUCCGGACUGGAUACUUUCAGAGAACAUUCUGACUCAAAUCAAUGAGAACACCGACCUAAGUGCAUUUGAUAUCCUAAGGAAACAUCGCUUGUUGACAAAGGAGGAGAUCAGAAUUACAGAGUCCUAUGACGCCCAGAACCUUCACCGUGAUAUCAUCGAAGGCAGAUUGACUUCUCUCCAAGUCUGCAAAUCCUUUUGCAAGAGAGCUGCGAUCGCACAACAGUUGACCAACUGCGCCACUGAGAUAUUCUUCGCAGAAGCAUUUGAGAGAGCAAGGUUUCUUGAUUACUACCUGAAUAAAUACAAUAGGCCCUUUGGGCCAUUCCACGGCCUCCCCAUCAGUGUAAAGGACAGCUUCAACGUCAAAGGACAAGCAACUACAAUUGGCUUUGUGUCUUUUCUGAAGAAGCCACUUGCUGCGGAGAACUCGCCCCUCGUUGAUAUACUCCUCGCAAAUGGCGCGAUAUUGUACCUCAAGACUAAUAUUCCGCAGACAUUGCUGACUCUAGACAGCGUCAACAAUGUUUUUGGCCGAACUCUGAACCCUCACAAACUCAGCCUCGGCGCGGGUGGUAGCAGUGGGGGCGAAGGCGCCCUGGUGGCCUUACGAGGCUCCAUCUUAGGGGUAGGUACAGACAUCGGAGGUUCCAUUCGCGCACCAUCUCUCUGUAACGGCACGUAUGGUUUUAAACCUACUGCAGACCGAAUGCCACACGGUAAGGUCGAACUGGGAGACAGGCCAGGAACCCCCGGCUUUGUUUCAGCAGUCGGGCCACUCGCAAAUAAUGCAUCGGACUUAACAUUUUUCUGUCGAACGGUCCUCUCCUCAGAGCCAUGGCGCCUCGAUCCUACUGCUCUUGGAAUUGGGUGGCGGCAUGUGUCUCCAAAGAAGAGACUGAGCAUCGGAGUCUAUAUGGGAGAUAAGGAUUUUCCACUAUCCCCUCCGGUGAAACGGGCUCUCAAAUCAGCCCACGCUGCACUCGAGGCAGCCGGUCACGCUGUACAUCUAGUGACUAAUGCCCCCUCUUUUCAUGAUGGGUUGAAACUAGCAGCACGAUACUUCCUCUUUGAUGGCAAACAAACCCUCCUACAGCAUGUUCUGGAAGGCGAUGAGCAACCAAUUAAAGCGUUGGAGUACACCUCUCCCGCUACUCUGGCUGGAGUACAAGAUCCCACAUUCACGUUAGACGAUGUCUGGGAUGCUAAUAGUUCGCUGAUCGCGUACCGGGAAAAGAUGGCUGAAGUUUGGAGGCAUUACAAAUUGGAUGUUCUCAUGUGUCCUGGUCAUUAUUCAACUGCAGGUCCACAUGAUACAUAUGGACCGCCGGUAUAUACUGUCAUCUGGAAUUUGCUGAAUUUUCCUGCGAGUAUCAUUCCCUAUCUUAAGGCUGAUAAAUCACUGGAUUCGGAAAUAUGUGACGGCUAUGAUGCAGAUGUAGUACAUGGAGCACCUACUGCUAUUCAGAUUGUUGGGUGGAAAUUUCAAGACGAAGAAGUACUUAUGGCUACUGAAGUUAUUGAUAAAAUCCUUCGGGAUCAUUUGACUUUCAAGUCGGUGCUAUAACAUGUCAAUGUUUUUUUCCCUCCGUUUGUCUAUAUUUGGCUUGUAACCAGGAUGCUCGUUGCCGCUGUAUGAAAACAUCAACUCCGGAUUAUAUAUAAAGAGCAAACCCCAAACUAUAACAAUAUUUGCUCGGUGGACCAUACUGAAUGCAACUCCUGAAACUGUCAAGCCGCGUUUCCUGUUUUCCCUUGGGUAAUCCAAAUCGUAUGUGAUCGUGAGCAUUACUCAUUCAUCCCAAUGUGCUCGGCGGAUAUAGGAUCUUGAAAGGCACCACCACAAGCUUUGAC